CACAGAUGUUGCAUUAAUAUCGUCAGUCUCAGGCCGCCGAACAGCCCUCACGAAGGUAAGUGCCUGAGUCCCCCUGCCCCCCUAGAGAAUCAAAUCCCCAAUAAUCAGGUGUUCCUCAAGCCUAAACUAUGGAGCCCCUGGGGGAGGUUAUCCCCCAGCCCUCAGCCGUCCAGAAGCUCUCGUACAACGACAUAGCCACCAAGUUGUUGAGUGAGAAGCUCCUGCUGACGGCCCUGGAACUCCACGCAGAGCUCUCCGAGGCCGGGAGGGAAAUCCCAGUCCUCAGGGACUUCUUCGCGAAUCCCAACAACUUCGAGGCCCAGAGCAUGAAGCCAGAGCCCUUCCUCCCGAUGCAUCGCUCCAGCAGUCAGGUGACCUUGGACUCCCUGGACAUCUCGAGGUACUCGGAGGACGGUGGAGGUGUUGACGAACGCGUUGCUGUUCUCGAGUUUGAGUUGAGGAAGGCUAGGGAGAACAUAUCAGCUCUCAGGGCGAAUUUAACAGUUGUCACGGAGUCUGAAGCGACUCCCGAUAAAAAUUCGGAGAGAAGUUCACUGGGGGAACAACCGAUAAAACCCCACGAGCAGAGAGCCCUCAACUUCCUCAUCUACGAGUAUUUAUUGGCGAGAUCUUACAAGUUAACUUCGAUAACGUUCAGCGACGAGAAUGAGGACCAGGACUUCGAGGACUGGGAGGACGUGGGGCUGAACAUACCGAAGCCACCGGAUCUGGUGCAGGUUUACAGGGAAUUCCUGAGGGGGAGUGGGUACGACAAGCCUCCGGCUGCUGAUGCUGUGAUACAGACUGAUUUCGAGGGGGAGAAGUCGAGGGAGUACGAGGGCGAGGUGAGGAGGCUGAUGGAGGAGGUCGAGGGUCUCCAGGGCCAGGUGGAGGCCCUUCGGGGGGUCAACAAGGAGCUCGAGGAGAGGCUGGCCUCGGGGAAGGCUCAGGGACAGCAGAAUACCGUUCAGAAUGUCCAGACCUUGAGCUCCAGCUCCACCACUCCUGAUAAGUUCGAGAUGCUGGAGAGUCCGAGGGAAAAUACGACGAAAGAGGACCCCGAGGAAGACGACAGCAUCUCAGUGGUAGUCUCCCUGGGCGACACAGACCCAGGCGACAAGGACUGGACCCGUAUCCACCUCCCCCGAAUGGACGUGACCACGGAGACCCCGACCCUCCCCAACUCCCCCUCGCGCGCCCUCCCCAGGCGUUUCAAGCGCGAGGUCCUGGCGCACUGCCUGAUAACAGGCUCCCCCUUCGGUUCAGACGGCGCCCAGGACGCCCUAAUCGACGUCCUGGCCAUCACUCUCCCCAAAAUCACCCCCAACAUCGUCCUCAACAAGCGAGACGAGGUGAUCCCCCUCAUCCUGAACACAAUUCGCCUGCACUCUGACCCCUCUGAGCGCGAGAAGCUGCUGCAGCUGCUGUUCAAUCUCAAGAAAAAACCGCAGGAAGAGGAGCGAAGAAUUCUCCUGGGGGGUCUCGUCUCAAUAAUAAAGAUAGAGGACUCCCCCCCGGGGCCAGAGGAGAUCCUCACCAUCUGCUGGGAGCAGAGCCAGCACAAAUACUCAGAGCGUCGACUGCUGUCCUCAGAAUGCUGCUCAGCACUGGCCCCUUACACGCCCAGUGGCAUCAGGAACUCGUUAAUGAUCUCAAUGCUCCAGCAGAUGCUCCUGGAGGACAAGGAGCCGUCAGUCCGGGCGUCGGUCAUCCAGAGUCUCUCCCUCCUGGUGGCCCUCAUGGACGAUCCUGACAAAUACUUCCAGUGCGAGGAGCUGGCCCUCACUGCCCUGGAGGACGCCAGCCCCGAGGUCUUCAACGCAGCCUCAAUGGUCCUGCUCCCCAUCCUGGCGCAGUGGGCACUCUCUUUAAAACGCCUGCAGUCCCACCUCCUUCCUAGGGUCCUGGGGAAGUUGAGGAACCAACUGAGACCCAGCCACUCCCCUGGGAAGGAUCACAAGGAGGGCGAGAGGGCCUGCGCCUCCCUCACAGUCCUCACGAUCCUGUUGCCUCACACCAUCGUCUCUGUGGCUAAUUCUCCAGUUGUCAAGUCUAGUAUUCAGGACGACGUCUCCUCGGAGAUCCCCAGGGAGAUCGUUUCCCUCUGCAAAUCUAGUAUUAGCAGUCCCCAAGUGUUCUGUGAGGACACUGAGGACAUCGGGAUUAUACUGAAUACAUUUUUGUCGCACAUAUGGGCCGAGGACACGUGGCCAGAGCUCGAGUGGUUCACGAAUAAACUCAUUCCAGAUGUCCUGGAGAUGGUGAAGGGGGUUGAUGUCACUCAGGAGAGCGUUUUGAACUCCUUGAUGGGGUAUGUCCAGGCCCUCUGCGAGGGGUUUGGUCUUUAUGUCACUCAGUACAGGAUUAAGAGGGCUUUCGAGGAGGAGGUGAGGAGCCUCGAGGAGGGCUUGACGUCGUUAUCUGGGGAGGAGCCUGGCCUGAGUCUCAGUGUCAUACCCAUUUAUCUGACGAUACUGUCGACACUGGAUCCGGCAGAGCUGACCAAGAACAUUAAGAAUUUUGUGGUCGUGUGCUCGAUGACUGGAGUCGAUGUUUCUGGCUUGAUUGUCGGGGUCAAGAGGCUUUGCAAGCAGUCUAGGGUCGUCGAGAGUGUUCUCACUGCACUCUGGGAUGGCGUCGUGCAUCAGAGGGCCAGUGUCAGGACCGUUACAGCCAGGUUGUUCGCUGAGGUCAUUGGGAGUGUUGGAGAGAGGCUGGUCUCAGCGAGGAUUGCCCCAGCAAUCGUCACCCUGGCUUCUGAUUCAGAUCUGAUGGUGAAGGCUGGGGCGAUCAGUGCCCUGGGAAGGCUGAUCAUGGAGAGUGGCUCCAGGGAGGCGAAGGACAAGGGGAGGCUGACGCUGGAGACCAUUGCCAGGGAGCCUCAGGGCGUCCCUCCUGCCUUGGCUGUUCCUCUGGUGACGACUCUGGCGCAUAUUGCACCCAAUUGCCCUCAGCAUUACGUCGAGGACGUCAUCACGACGCAGCUGACUGGCAUCACUGCUUCUGCACUGCAGCAGAACAGGCGGGUCGAUCUGGCCACUGCUCUUGUCGACGCUUAUUCGAUCAUCGUUUACUGCUCGUUGAGUGACAAGUGCGUCAGUGGAGUGCUGCUGCCUGGGCUGAGGUAUCUGGAGACCAUGGUGGGGGCUGUCCUGCCACAGCAGAGGGAGACUGUCAGGUCGCUCAUCAGGGAGGCUGAGUCCAGGCAGGAUGUGCAGAGGCCUAUUGAGAGAUCAAUUUCCGCCAGUUCCGGACUCUCCCUCUCCCUGGCCACCGCCAAUGUCGGCCAAGGUGUCGAGGACAUGCGUCAGAGAAUGUCAAAGAUAUUCACGCAAAAGCCAAAUUCCCCAAGUAUGCCUAGCAUAUUCAGGAAGAAGUAGAUUAUGAUGAGUGGUUCAACAGAGUGAAGAGAAUUGAAUUUUCAUACGGUGCCUUUACAUCCAGUAAUAGCAUUUUUCUUCGCGUGACGAGUUUAAGCGCUGGGGUAAUUAACGCGUUCUCCAUCCCGAGGGGAAAACACUCACAUCUUUCUGGUUCACUCAAUGGAAAGUAUUCAGAUUGCGGAGAGGACUCAGCGCCUAUUAUCCCUCAACUACUGCUGAUAUAUUAUUCAUGACAAUUUAUUCACUUUUUUUAAUUGCCAACAGUUGUAUUCGAACAAUUUAGCUCUCAAGGGAGAGUGCACAAAUGUUAUAUUCAAUUCAUCGAUAGGGGGACAGAAAUUACGUAGUUUAACACGCAAAGAAAAAUGCUAAAUGUGUCAGAUAAUUACGAAUGAACCAAUUGAAUUAUCAUCUUGAGGAUUAAAUUGUACUUACAGUAUUUUAACUUUGCUGAAUAUAAUAUAGAGAGAGAUAUUUUUAAAUAAUUCAUAGGAUUGUGAAGAAAUUGUCGCUUCGAGAGUCAUCUUGUAAGAAUAUUUUAUUUUAUCUAUAUUUACAGUUGAAUAAAUAUAUACAUACAGUAUGCGUUAUGCAAGAUAAAUUUAUAUGCGUUUUUUUUACAUUAAAUUAUGUUAUAUUAAUUUCCAUCGAAUCAAUUACACAAUCGUUUUCUGAGUGUUAACAAUUGUCUGGUUUUUCUAAUCUCCUUGUUACCUACGUUUUUAUUAAAUAUUAUAGAUAGUUGAACGUAUUUAUACUGAGCGAUUUCAAUAAAAUUUUAUGUUUUCAAUUGAA